UGAAGUCGCGGCCAGGUGCAGUGGCGUUUCUAUUUUAACGCGUUCCUGCGGGCUCAGCAACGCGUGGUGGACAAUGAAACCAGACUGACAUCGACCAACGGACGCUCCAAACUUCAGCCAGGCGGCAGUCCACAGUCUGCCCCCUUCCGGGACCUUUUCUUCUUUAGAACUUUCAUUUCAUAACUCAUUUUCUUUCUGCUCUCUUUCUGGCCUGCCUAGCAUGUCUGCCAGAGGUUGGCGUAAGGGUGGCCGAGAUGCUACCCCGCAGGAUCCGCUAGAACCGCCUCUCCCUGCGAAACUCACUGAACUCCGGGCCUUGCAAGUAGGGAAUCUCGUCAACGUCAUCGGGCUGGUAAAAGAUUGGCGACGCCCAAUUAACACCCGUAGUAAGGACUGGAAAUCCGAGAUCGAAGUGUAUGACCUCUCGACUGCGGAUGGCGUCAAGUUCACCAUAUUCUGGCCAGAGCACGAGCACCCGGAUGUUGGGGCUGGUGAUGUUCUCCUCAUCAUCAGCGCGAAGGUGCAGAACCGUCCAGAUCGCGGACUGCAGGAGCGCCCAUCCUUGAUCACCCACAUAACCACAUCAGUAUAUGUUUACUCGGCUUCCAACAUUCCGAAGCCACCACAGUCGGCCCAACCCACUGUAGCCCUUGGGAAACGGGACCGUGGCUUUCCCACGGCCGAGCAGAACAGAUAUGUCUCGUACCUCUUUCACAAGGUGGACAAAACAUGCCUCUCAGAAGAGCAUGAGUUCAAGGUGCGGGCGGAGCAGUCCCUAAAUGUCAAGAACAAAUUCCGCCAGCUCAAGGACGUCGACGAAGGCAGGUUUUGCGAUCUGAUCGCCCAAGUUGUGACGGAACCUUACGGAAUCGGCGUCGUAACUCUCUACGUAUCCGACUAUACCGAAAAUGCGAAGUUCUACAAUGAACAGUCGCAGCCAUCGUCGGAACCCGUCGAUGACCCGUAUGGCUAUACUUCAGGCGGCGUUAGCGUGCCCAGGAAGAAAUGGAUUGGGCCCUAUGGGAAAAUGUCCCUUCAAAUCACCUGCUAUGAACCACACGCCAAUGCUAUCCGCGAGGAAGUGAAGGUCGGGGACUGGGUGGAGUUGCGCAAUGUCCGGAUCAAGUAUGGUCACGACGGAAAAAACCUGGAAGGCGUGAUGCAUGAGGAGAGGAAUCUUGAUCCUUCCAGAGUCAACGUGAGGGUUCUCGAAGCAACCGACGGGGAGACUAUAGACCCGAGGUUGAAGGAGGCAAUCCGCCGAUGUCGCGAUUACCAUAAAAACAGGAAGCAGCAGCUAAAAGACAUCAAAUCUGCUCAAGCUGCUGGCCUAAAGCGCAAAGGCUCCCAGUCGAACUCGGCGCAGCCCGGAAAACGCCAGCUGAACGCGAAGGAGCGGCGCAAGCUUCUUCGACAGGCGCCGCGCGACGCUCAGGAGCAGCAAGCCCAGGAGCAGCAAGCCAAGGAGCAGCAAGCCAAGGAGAGACUCGAUGACGACGGAGCGUGCCUUGAGCUUAACGACCUAAUAACCUGCGAGAAGCACGACGUGCCAUUUUCCACCGUAGAGUCAAUGGUUAAACCCUACAUAUUCCAGACGACGGUGGACAAUGAGAGCGUCGCACUCCCUCUACCUUUCAUCUGCGCCAAGUAUAUGGCGCGUCUCAGGGUAGUCGAUUACUUUCCCCCAUCCCUAGAGGAUUUCGCUCGCAGCCGCAAACUUACAGACUUCGAUGUACUCUCUGACAAUGAGGAUGAUGGUGACAGUUCGUCUCCAUCAUCAUCAUCAUCCGGCGACGACGAAGACAGCCCCGGCCGCAACCGUACUUGGGAGUGGCUGUUUGCCCUACGGCUCGAAGAUGUGGAGCCUCCUAGCACAGAGGCCACUUCCGGCCCGCGUCCACGCCUCUGGGCCUAUGUCAACAACGCCGAGGCACAGUGUCUUACGGGUCUGAACGCGACUGACCUCCGGCGAGACCCGGAAACGCUUCGACAGUUUCGUCAGGCCAUGUCUAUACUAUGGGGCAAUUUGGAGGAGCACAAGGCACGCAAGAUGGGGAAAGGGCAAACGGCGGGAACGAGCGAGAAGCGUCCUACACGGCGCGGUAAAAACGCACAACUUCUAGAGAGGCCUCCUCUCAACUCCGACGGGGAAGACGUGGUGGACGAGGAGGAGCCACUCUCCAACAAGCCGUUUGCCUGUUGCAUCAAGCAGUAUGGCAUUCCAAUACCUGACGACGACGGACGAAAAUGGCAGAGAUGUUUUGGGCUGUUCGGCACCAAGAUUUGCAGCUGAGGGCUUAGAGUAGAGUAUUGCAAGAUUAUGGGUUGUGCAUCAUCUAAGGUACCGGUAUGCAAGCACAUCCUAACGCAGUCGUUACCGAGCAAAAGUUAUUCAUUCAUAUUCCAUAGCCGUAACCUCAUUCAUAGCAUACAUAAGAAAAACACGGGCUAUUAACCACGCAACA